AUGUCUUUCUCCAAGAUCGCUGUUGUGGCUGGUGCCGCUUUUAUCUCUGGUGUUGCUGCUCACGGACGUGUCCAAGGUAUCACUGCUGAUGGUGUUUGGUAUGAGGGUUAUAACCCAGCUUUCCAAUACGAACAAGUCGCACCAGUUGUUGCUGGAUGGUCUGAUCCAACUGAUCAAUCGAACGGUUUCAUCGCACCAGAUGCUUAUGGUACAUCCGACAUCAUUUGCCACUUGGCUGCCACCAACGCUCAAGGAUACGUCAAUGUUACUGCCGGAAGUGAGGUUAACUUGCAAUGGACCACCUGGCCUGAUUCGCAUCACGGUCCAGUCAUUGACUACCUUGCUGCCUGUACCGGAGAUGACUGCACAACUGUUGACAAGACCACCCUCGGAUUCUUCAAGAUCGAUGGUGUAGGACUUGUCGAUGAUUCCACCGUCCCAGGUACAUGGGCAUCCGAUCAGCUCAUCGCCAACAACAACUCUUGGUCUGUCACCAUCCCAGAGUCCUUGGCACCAGGUGCCUACGUUCUCCGCCACGAGAUCAUCGCACUCCACUCCGCUGAGCAAGCCGAUGGAGCUCAAAACUACCCACAAUGUGUUAACCUUUGGGUUUCCGGAACUGGAUCCGCUGUCCCAGCUAGCGCAGAUACCGUCCUUGGUACUGCUCUUUACACUGAGACGGAUGCCGGUGUGAACGUCAACAUCUAUGCUUCCCUCGCUUCAUACGAUGUUCCAGGUCCUACUCAAUGGGCUUCCGCUACUGCUUCCGUUGCUCAAGGUACUUCCGGAGCAGUUGCCACCGCCGCCGCUGUCGUUUCUUCCGCCGCUUCUUCCGCCGCCGUUAUCGCCUCUUCUUCCGCUCAAACCACCGCAGAAGUUGCCGCUACCAGUUCCGCUGCCCCAGUCGCCAGCGUAGCCUCCUCUUCCGCUGUUGUUGCCGCCAGCUCCAUUGCUAGCGUCGCUUCAUCAGUUAUUUCCAGUUCCGCAGCAUCAGUUGUUACCUCCGCCCCAGCUGUUACCUCUGCACCUUCAAACGACGUUACUGAUAUGAUCACUGACUACGUCACCGUUACCGAUGUUGUAACUGUUACCGUCACUGCUGCAUAA